GCAGUGUACCGCAGGGCGCCCAUGCUAGCGGUGAAUGAAAGGAAAAAGAGUAAGACUCGCUGUUAGCUUACCUGCAAACACUUUCGUCGUCAUUUAUACCGCGCGUGAGAGAAGUGUACAGCGAGCUACACAACACAGUGGCGGCCAUAGAUGAGCAGGAGGACCUACGAUGGUGGAAGAACAACCAUGGACCUGGCAUGCCCACCGACUGGCCGCACUUCCAGGAAUGGACGCCUGAGAAGAAAAGUAAAAAAGGGAAGAAGGAAGUUGAGCAGAAAGGAACGUUAGAGAAGAACGAGGUGCUGAAGAUCAGCGGCGUGAGGGUGAGGGCGCUGUACGACUACGUGGGCCAGGAGACGGACGAGCUCUCCUUCAAAGCAGGCGAGGAGUUUGUCAAGACGGAGGAAGAAGACGACCAAGGCUGGUGUCGGGGGGUGAAGGACGGCGGCUGCGAGGGGCUUUACCCCGCUAAUUACGUAGAGGAUGAUUGCUUUUGAUGUUAAAUCAGUGGUGUGCAACCUGCGGCCAUCAGUGUCGUCAAGUUCCACGUCAUGUCUAGGUUUGAUUUUCCUUCGUCCUUCCUCUAAAUCGUGCUCUUAUUUUGGUAUAUGCAUUUCCUGUUUUGCACAAUUUUGACCUUGUUCUUAGGCAUCAAGUGGUCUCAGCUGUGUUCAAUG